GCAUAACCAACUGCGACUUCUCAAACAACAAGAACCCACAAUGGCUGGUAGCGGGCAGAAUUCAUCUGCUGACAUUCCGCAAACACCGCCUAAUCCUUCUCAGUUCCAAACAAGAACGAACAGUAUAUUGACGCGAUCGACUAGCUCAUACAUCGCGUCACCUGUUCCAACAUCAAGAGGCGCCAUGGAUGAAUCUAGACAGCGACAAAGAUCUGACUUUCUGGAAGCAGAAAAUGGCGUUUCACACCGCGAUAUAGUAUCUACCUCCUCUAAACCAGCAGCAAAUGACAUGGCAGGUCUAGUUGCAUCGCCUGAGAAUAUUGGUGAUCGAUAUUUCAAAUCGCUAUCUAAGUUUGAUGGAUAUCAAGUUGUUACGGAUGAUGGCACUUUGAAGAGAAGAACUGUUUCGUUAUCGACUUUAUAUGAUGUCCCAACCGAUGCCGAAUCUCAUUUUUCGCGGUCCUCAGAUAGUUUUCAACCAAUAUCAGAGAACACUCCACUUUUGAAAGCGGCGGCUGCUCAACACGGCUAUAAUGGAACGAAUGAUCUAUAUGAUACAACAGACAGUGAUUCAUCCGAUACCGACUCUGACACUCCAUUCUUUCCACCAAGCAAACAUAGAGGAAAUCGUUCGAACUCUCGCCGUGCUCAUGACCCCUAUGCUGUAACUGGGUUUAUCCAACGGCUCAAGCAGAGGAUACCAACCAUUCCAAAGCUUACGCACCAGCAAAAACAAGUUCUCAAGUGCUCCAUUGCUUACUGUAUUGGAUCGCUGUUUACCUUCAUACCAGCUCUUAAUUCUUUGGUGGGACAUAAUAGAACUUCAAGCCACAUUAUUGCAACCACCACUGUUUUUUUCAAUCCAGCGAAAACCAUAGGAGGCAUGAUCGAGGCGGCUGGAUAUGGUUGGGGUUAUGUGAUGUUUGCCCUGUCAGUAUGCCUAGGUAGUAUGCUCACGGCGGACUACUAUAUCGAUCGAGACAUGGAAACAGUUGCUCAUGUGAUCAGUCUGGGAUUUUGGUUGGCUGGAAGCGCCUUUAUUGUCGCAUUUUUGAAAGCUUAUUGGAACAAGCCUCCGGUUUCAACAGCAUCCAGUCUGUGCUUCAUCAUCAUCUUCAUCAUUUUGGUCAGAGAGGGUUCAGCAAAUGAAGGCGAUUUUGAUACGUUAAAAAUUCAACAAUAUACCUCGGCAGUAGCGACGGGAACUGUGAUAACGCUCGCCACAUGCUUUCUAGUAUGGCCAAUAUCAGCAGCGAAGAAACUCAAGAACGACAUUAGUGCAACUUUGUUGUCCUUCCGUCUUUUGCUGAAACUACUCACAAAGACCUUUUUACUUGAUGACGAUUUACCUCAAUUCACCGCAAACAAGAGCUUGCAAUCGGCCAUCGAAUCUCAUCGAUCCAGUUUCACAACUCUAAAAAAGUCCCUUUCUGAUGCGAAGCUAGAGAUUUUCAACCGUGAAAUGCGACACAAUGCGGCAACGUACGACGAUAUUGUAAAAAGUUUACAACGACUUGCUCAGCAUGUAGGAGGACUACGAAGUAGUUGCGGUUUGCAAUUUGAAAAAAUGAAAAAUGGAAAUAUUCAAGUCCCACCAGCCCCCAGCAAUCAGUCUGUUGAUAGCCUUUUAGAACAAGGUGAUCGUAGUAAAAAGCCACUGAAAAGGUCACAAACUUUGGGACGCACACUGUCGCUUUUAUCGCAGCCAAAGGAUAACGAUACAUGGAACGUUCGGGCAGGCUACUCAAGACGCAAACUACAGGAUGAGAUGAAAAGACAAAAGCGGUCAAAAAGUACAAUGCUUUAUGACACACAAAAUCCAUUCGAGCAUAGUAUGAGUAGAAGCUUGACUGCUAUGGUACAGGAUUCCUUACCUUCAUCCACCACUAUUUACGACGAUGCGCUAUCGAGGUCCGCUUCUAGUCAUGAGGGCCAAGAAGGCGAAGCUGAUGGCGCGCUAGUUGAUUUCAUUCGCAAUGUUCGACAGCCGAUGAAAGCUUUUGCAUACACCUGCAAAAGAACAAUCAUUAAUCUACAAGCAAAGUUUACCGAUAGUGCAUCAGAGGAUGGACCAUCGUUUGCCAUGAUGAAGGAGAACUUGGAAAAAGCCAUUGCGCUCUUCGAAACUUCGCAGAAGGAAGCCAUUUUUAGAAUGUACCAGCAACGCUCGAAGUUACAAUCAUCCUCGGAACAGCAACCUUCGGAUGACCAAAUUUCAGUCAUUGAGCAAGGAGAGGAUGUCUUUCUGGUCUAUUUUUUUAUUUUCUGCCUCGUUGAAUUUGCGCGCGAGUUGACCUUCCUGGUAGGGUUGGUUGAAACGCUCUUCGAUCCAGCAUUGAGGAAAAAAUCAGGCUUUAGAAAAUGGUUUUCGGACGUGUUUUCAGUCUUCAAAGGCCUUAAACUCACAGAUGGUCCCUCAGUAAGGAGGAGAUCGUCAGUGUCUUUUGUCCCAAACAAUCAUAAUACUUCGAAUACAUUGCAUACACCACUCCCUAAAACAAGAUGGCGUCGGUUCUUCAUCUCUCUUUGGGGAUUCUUUUCAUGGUUCAAGCAACAACAUGUAAGAUAUGCUAUCAAGUCGUCUGCUGCAGCAGUCAUUUUAGCUACACCAGCAUUCCUACCAUCCACUGGAGAAAGGUUUCGAGAACUUCGAAUGGAAUGGGCUCUAGUUACGUUAAUGGUGGUGAUGACUCCUACCGUUGGAGGAACAAAUCUGGUUGCGAUUUAUCGUAUCUUCUCGACCAUGCUUGGCUGCUAUGUAGCAUUCGCCUUUUACACGCUUUUCCCUGGUAAUGUCUAUGUGCUACCCGUGUUAACUUGGCUCUUCUCUAUUCCCAACUUUUGGAUUAUUCUGAACCACAAGCAUGGGAAGUUUGGUCAAUUCACCUUGUUGGCAUACAACCUGGUUAUGCUCAAUAAGUACAAUUACCGAGACAACGAAAGUGUUGAGGUUGGCAGGUUGGCGCUAAAUCGAUUUGGAGCGGUUGCCGUUGGUGUCGUAUUUGGAUUAUUCAUGACCGCAUAUGUAUGGCCGUACGAAGCCAGAACUGAACUUCGUAAAGGCUUGUCUGACUUCCUCCUCCGGGUCAGUUUACUCUAUCAAAAGCUGAUUUCCAUGUACUCGGAUUCCUCUGAAAGUGUUGGUGGCUUAUAUCGGCUGCAGCAUCUUGAUACCCAUAUAUCAGAAACCCAAGUAGUAGCUAUGCAGGAGCAUAAGAAUGUAGCAACGAAAACCUUUAUGGACCUUGAGCUAAAUCUUCAGCGAAUGCUUAUAUCUUUACAAGACCUUUUAGCGCAGACACCAAACGAACCACGUCUGAAAGGACCGUUUCCUGUGGCAACAUAUUCUGGAAUGCUCAGUUCUUGUCAAAACAUUUUGGACAAGCUUUUAGCUAUGCGCAUUGUGAUUCUCAAGGAUGAGUGGUUUAGCCUUGUACGUCGAGAUUUCAUACAUCCUGUCAAUCCACAGCGUAAGGAAAUGGUCGGCAAUGUUCUAUUAUAUCUAUACAUGCUGGCCAGUGCCCUACGACUGAAAACCCCAUUACCACCAUAUAUGCCACCCGCACGUCAGGCGUGGGAGCAUUUGAUGUCUAGCCUACGACAAUUGCCAGCCGUCAAGUCGCGUGCACUUCUGGAUAGGGACGAGGCAUAUAUCUUCUACUUUGCUUACGUGGUGAUGAUGGAGGAUGUCAUUCGUGAAAUGGACAAGGUAAUGAUGUUAGGAUGUUAUAGAUAAGAGCGUACAGCAUGGUAUUUAACCUUUCUUUUUCGAAAUUAGAUGAGCUCCAAUAUGAAGGACUUGUUUGGUAGUCUUGUAUCUGAUGAGCAGUGGCAGCGGUAUUUCCAAAGCCCCACGUGAGACAGAGGAGGCGGGCAGUCUACUGGAAAAUGUAGCAGACCUUUAAUUUAAAAUCUACAUUAUGCAUAUUCGAUUUUUUCUAGAUCGUUCCUAUCUAUCAUUGCAAUCUAUGACUGCAGCAUUGCUUACAUAGCCAAGACUUCACUCACUUCACAUCACAUCACCAUUAAACAAAAGCAGCGCAGUAAACAUGAAAUAUUUGCUUGUACCUUGAGAUUUAAUAAUGUUAUACAAUGCGUAGCAUGUGGAGUAAAGGCUAUGUUGAAUAUACCG